CAUUAAAAAAAAAAGAAAUGAAAUGAAACGGUCCCGCGAUUGUAAUUGUUUGAAGAAUUAACAAUUUUAUGAUUAUUAAAGUUUGUGUGUACUAAAGAAAAUGAAUGUUUCCAGUUUUUCUCAUAAUCCUGCAGAUGCUAGUGAAAAUGAGACAAUAAACCGUGCUAAAACAUUUGUUUUGCCGGGCAAAUGUUUCGAACGGCGUGCAGCAUGCACUUGGAGACGAGGGAAUAAGUUCUCAAUAUUUUCAAGAAGUCAAACUAUCAGUAAAAGUGCGCCAGCAACGAGUGAUGACAGAAUUCUAAACAUUCGUCAAGAUAUAUUACUUUUCCAUCCAAUUUUACGUAAACUAGUAAACGAAUCCAACGGCACAUUCUUGUCCCUCCAAAAAGCCGCGGAAGCGAAUAAAAAUCUGGAUAACCAUGUUGAAUUUUUGAAACAUUCUCGCCAAUACCGCUCAAUCAUUCGAGUGUGCAUUGAAAACUUACAAGAAUCUGCGUCCAUAGAGACCGAUGGCGUUGAGAAGAACAACCUAUUAACUUGUAUAACAAUAUUUUACUCUAUAGAGUGUGUUUGGCACUUGUGUGAGAUCCUAUAUGUGGACAAUGUCCCUGGAGAUUAUGUACUACCAUUUUUACUUGAAUGGGUCCGAUUCCACUUUCCAUGCCAUGAACAGAUGGCGACGCAGUUGUUGGAUGCAUGCGAGCGGGGCUCCGAGGAGCACCCAGAGUAUUGGGACACUGUCAUGGGCAUGAUUGUGCAGGGCAGAGUGGAUGUGGCACGGGCUCUGUUGAAGCUACACUCUGCUACGGAUACUACUGAGUUUAAAUUGGUUGAUAACUCUUUAAAAAGUAUGCCAAUUUACAGUGUAUAUGGGGGUCUAUCAACUGGAGAAUUCACAAUAACCUGGAAGCACUGGCAGGCCGAGUGCCGCUCCAAACUGAGCAGUCGGAGUGUUGCCUCACAGCCACACCUAGAACUCAUAAUGAGGCUCGUAACUGGCGACUACUCAGCAUUCGAGAGCAUCUUAUCCAAAUAUGACUCAUGGCUAUACAUUCUCGGCGGCUGGACCGUGUUCACCAUGCCAUGGGCCAAGCGCCACGAGCUGCGCGCCGCCGCCGCCGCGUGCGCCGGGAUGCGCGGGGCGGGCCGCAGCGCGCUGCACGACCUGCUGCGGCCUGCAGUCGAGGGGGAACUGCAUCAGGUGAUUCAUGAAAUUCAGCAGAUAUCAGAUAACGGUUGGUUUGCGACACAUCUCACAGAUAUCCUGUACCACUGUGGUAAACUGAAGAUCUUAGAUAAUCAUCAGACUGACGUGACCAGCCGGCUCCGCGACAGCCUGAUCCUCGAGUACGGCAGCCUGAUGAUGGAGCACGGCUCGCUGUGGGCCGCGGGGCUGUCGUACCUGUGCGCCUGCCCGCCCGAGGGCCCCGCGCGCGCCGAGCUGCUGCUGGCCCGCCUGCCCGUGCCCACGGAGACUAAGGCGCUGCGGGUCGCCGCCGAGGCACACAAGUACGGCCUACAUAAUGUUGUGCAAACCAUCUGCCUGUGCGUGGGCGCGCGCCACCUGUCGGGCGGGCGCACGGGCGCGGCGCUGGCGUGGGGCAUGCGCGGCCGCGACCCGGCGCUGUGCGCGCGCGCCGCCGACGCCGCGCUGCGCGCCUACACCGCGCGCGGCCGCCUGCCCGCGCGGGACCUGCUGCCCGCGGCCGGCACCGGCCUGCUGCUGCAUCACAGAGCGCUCCUGUUAGGCAAAUACUGCGACUUUCACAGAUUAUACAAGAACAGAGAAUUCAGGAAAGCUGCCAAGUUACUCAUAUCCCUGCUGACGUCAAAGAUUGCGCCAGACUACUUCUGGGAAACCCUCCUCCUCGACACCCUGCCGCUGCUGGAGUCGGACGAGCCGGUGCUGUCGGCGGCGGACACGUCCGAGGUCAUGCUGUGCCUGGAGCUGCGCGCCGGCGGCCUGGCCGGCGAGCGCGCCGAGCUGCUGCGCCUGGCCUGCGCGCGCAACCUGGCGCGCACGCUGCUGCGGGACGUCGCCGACGACGAGUGACAAUCCUAACCUGGUCGUGCGGAUCCACACGUAACGACCUGCCUGGCGAAGAAAUUGCCACGUGAAGAUGCGCCUCGUCCGAGGCAAAUGCAUUUAUAUGUACUCUUUCACAUAAAUCUUCUCUGCUGAAUACUUCACUAUUGUUUAGUUCGAUCCGCAUAGGAAUCGUGUGUCCACAUCCCCUUCCCUUCAUCCCUCCCAAGUCCCAAUAAUAGCAGACCGAGUUACUUAUGCAUUUACAUUUAUGGGUAAUAACGGUUUACUAAAUUAAAGUAUAUAAGUAAUUAACAAUGUAAUUUGAAACUAAUUUAAAAUUGGCAAAUAAUCAGAAAAGCUGUGUUUGUUUGGUAAUAGAGCACUUUUUUACUGGGUGGGUUUUUCUUCAGUCAACGAUCGACAGCUGUAGCGUAGUGCUGUUGACAGCCAAAUGCGCAGUUGACCCAAAGUAAGCGGUCCCGUUAGUCAUUUUGUAUACACCUGUAAUUAUGAAAUGUAGAAUUUUUACUGUAGCUGUUACAUAAUGGAAAAUCCUAGUGUUAAACAACUGUUUCAAGAGAGUUAUUGUGUUUUUCCACUCCUUGACUGUAAUGGUUGAAUUAAUAUUUCGUAUACCUCGCAAUCCAACCAAUGUACUUGUAUUGUGUUCAAUAAAUAAAUAAAAUAAAUGUAUGAACUCGCAUUCCAACUCAACUAUAAUAUUCUUUUCGAUACGGUGUAGUCAACCAUUUAAAUAAAAUACCAAUCACGUGCCGCCGCGCUCCCAUAGGAAAUACUAAACUUGCACUUCGCGCAUUUAUGUCUUUUGUACUACAUUUUGUCUACUGGGAUACUUACCAAUUUUCAUUAAAUUAGGUUUUAUAGUAAAAUAACUAUUAUUUUAGAUGACUCGUAGAAAAAGUAUUGUAUACAAUAGUGAUAUAAUCAAGCUUUUCAAUCUCGUACCUUACUUAGGCAACUCAAUAAGCAUCAUUGCCUUAACAACACGGUACUCGACUGAAAAGCUCUCUAUUAUAUCACGAGUGUGUAACUAUAAAAUACCAUUUUAAAGCCUCUUUUUUUACUGAUCAGUCACAGGUGACAAGUUUCUUUGUAACAGAUACUGUACCUAUUUGUAUUUCAAUUAUAUUAUAGCUAACAUAAAGUUAUGGUAGUAAGUGUAGUUAUGGUGUGAAAAUUGUAGCCCAAUGACUGUAUUUGUGUUCAGAGUCAUAUAAAAAUUUGUCUGUGAAAUAAUUUAGGUCUAAUUUUAUGAAUGAAUGUUAAGUAACAUGUGUAAAGUUAACUUGUUUCAAAUAAUGGAAUGGUUGGUUGUAUAUUGUUGUAUGUGAAAUAAAUUAAUAUUAUUUGUA